AUGCUUUCCUUGGCUCUGUCUCAGUCCCUACAGUCUGCUGGCUGUGCUCCCAUCAUGAUCUUGUGCACCAGUAUCAUGCUUUCCUUGUCUCUGUCUCAGUCCCUAAAAUCUGCUGGCUGUGCUCCCAUCAUGAUCUUGUGCACCAGUAUCAUGCUUUCCUUGUCUCUGUCUCAGUCCCUACAGUCUGCUGGCUGUGCUCCCAUCAUGAUCUUGUGCACCAGUAUCAUGCUUUCCUUGUCUCUGUCUCAGUCCCUACAGUCUGCUGGCUGUGCUCCCAUCAUGAUCUUGUGCACCAGUAUCAUGCUUUCCUUGUCUCUGUCUCAGUCCCUACAGUCUGCUGGCUGUGCUCCCAUCAUGAUCUUGUGCACCAGUAUCAUGCUUUCCUUGGCUCUGUCUCAGUCCCUACAGUCUGCUGGCUGUGCUCCCAUCAUGAUCUUGUGCACCAGUAUCAUGCUUUCCUUGUCUCUGUCUCAGUCCCUACAGUCUGCUGGCUGUGCUCCCAUCAUGAUCUUGUGCACCAGUAUCAUGCUUUCCUUGUCUCUGUCUCAGUCCCUACAAUCUGCUGGCUGUGCUCCCAUCAUGAUCUUGUGCACCAGAAUCAUGCUUUCCUUGGCUCUGUCUCAGUCCCUACAGUCUGCUGGCUGUGCUCCCAUCAUGAUCUUGUGCACCAGUAUCAUGCUUUCCUUGUCUCUGUCUCAGUCCCUACAGUCUGCUGGCUGUGCUCCCAUCAUGAUCUUGUGCACCAGUAUCAUGCUUUCCUUGUCUCUGUCUCAGUCCCUACAGUCUGCUGGCUGUGCUCCCAUCAUGAUCUUGUGCACCAGUAUCAUGCUUUCCUUGUCUCUGUCUCAGUCCCUACAGUCUGCUGGCUGUGCUCCCAUCAUGAUCUUGUGCACCAGUAUCAUGCUUUCCUUGUCUCUGUCUCAGUCCCUACAGUCUGCUGGCUGUGCUCCCAUCAUGAUCUUGUGCACCAGUAUCAUGCUUUCCUUGUCUCUGUCUCAGUCCCUACAGUCUGCUGGCUGUGCUCCCAUCAUGAUCUUGUGCACCAGUAUCAUGCUUUCCUUGUCUCUGUCUCAGUCCCUACAGUCUGCUGGCUGUGCUCCCAUCAUGAUCUUGUGCACCAGUAUCAUGCUUUCCUUGUCUCUGUCUCAGUCCCUACAGUCUGCUGGCUGUGCUCCCAUCAUGAUCUUGUGCACCAGUAUCAUGCUUUCCUUGUCUCUGUCUUAG